GGAAGAGGACGGGCCUAAGAUGGCGGCGCCCAUGGGUGUCAGGAAGAGGUGCUCAUGUCGGCGAACAGAGCGGUGUGGGGACGCGUGCGAAGCCGCCUACGCGCCUUCCCCGAGCACUUGGCGGCCUGCGGGCCCGAGGCCGCGGCGUACGGCAGGUGCGUGCAGGCCUCCACGGCCCCGGGCGGCCGCCUGAGCAAGGACCUCUGCGCGCGGGAGUUCGAGGCCCUGCGGAGCUGCUUCGCCGCCGCGGCCAAGAAGACCCCAAAGGGAGGCUGUUAGGAGGGGCCCUCUGCACUGUCCUCACACCCAUCUGCUGCCUGUUGGUGCAAAGCCCUUGCACUGAUGGCCCCAAGCAGCACACGUCGGAUGCUCUGAGGCCGAGAGGAAGCGCGGAUGUCAGCGUUCUGAAGUUCUUGGCUGUUAGAGCCUGUGUUCUUCUCAAUGGGUUGAGCCAUGGGCAGAGCAGGAAUUUGUUUUCCAGCGUUUGUAGCCAUAAGGGUCUGUGUUAGAAUAAGAUAUAAUGGAACGAAGGAUAAAGACUCUAUC